AUGCAUUCUCUGUGGAAAAACCGAUCCAUUGCAGUCAUACUUGGUUUAAAGAUUCCUGAACAACUCUGCAACAGCGAAAAGCCAUCCAUGAGUAUCGAAGAGAUCGCUACAAAGUCAGGUUGUCAGUCAAUUACGCAGCUAUACGCCUUGAUGAGACUUCUCGCUCGAUGGGGAAUCGGUAGAGAGCUUGAAAAUAAGCAUUUCACUAAGAAUGAAAGCAUGGAAGUGUUAAGACGAGACAAAGGUCCAAGUGUAGGUCAUGCGUUCGAAUACUACUGUAGCGAGGAGCAUUACAGUGCUUUGAGGUCAUUGGGGUCGUGCGUGAAGCAAGGCAAACCUGCUUUUAUUCUGGAUCACGGAAUGACUCAUUUUACUUACAUGUAUGACCUGGUAAAAUGCUACGAUCAAUCAAAGAUGUUUGAAGGAUCGUCUGAGCACAAGAUAGGAAGCGAUGAUCGCAGAAGGGAGUUCGCCGAUAACUAUUCCAGUGCCAUGUUGCACUUUUCACAUCUGGCAGCACCUUCAGAUAAAACUGGUGUGAAUACUGUUUACAAUGUAUUUCCCUGGUCAACAUGCAAUAAACUGGUGGACAUCGGAGGAAGUUUGGGUGGUUUUCUUGCUUCCAUCCUAAAAUUGCCAGGCUGCGAACACAUCCAAGGAUACGUUCUUGAUUUGCCAGAUGUUGUGCAAGAAGCCCAAGAAAAGAUUCAAGACCUUGGUAUCCCCAAGGGUCGCAUUGAGUUUGUUUCACAGGAUUUCAACAAGCCUUUACCCGCUGACCUUGACUUGAAUGCUGACACGGUCAUAGUGUUCAAAAAUACACUUACUAUGUUUAUCAACGAUCAUAGCUUGAUGACUACGAUACUGAUUAACUGUCAAAAUCUUUUCUCAAACAAAGGUGGACGGCUUUUGAUCAUUGAAUUUUUGGCCUCCGUAGACGAAGACGACAAAGUGGGAAUCAAUGGUCUUGAGAUGGACGCACAAUCAAUCCUAUGGAUGRRCAUUUGUGGCUCUCCCCAAUUAACCAAGAGAGAGUGGAUGGAGCAUAUACAGGUGGUUGGUAAGGAGUUAGGCUAUCAACCGGAGCGAUUCUAUGACACUUUCGUUGGAGGUCAAGCUAUUUUUGAACUGUCGUACAGACCCAGUAAUUAA